CCCUCACACCAACGCAGCCUCAUCCCAGCCGCUGGUCCCCAGCUCUGACAGGAGCCCUUCGAGCUGGUUGGCAGCAAGUAACAUGGCAGAGGAACUACCUAAAGAGCAGGUGGCCGAGUUCAAGGCAGCCUUCACCCGGUUCGACAAGAACGGGGACGGCACCAUCAGCGUGCAAGAGCUGGGCGAUGUCAUGCGGACCCUGGGCCAGAACCCGUCAGAGGCCGAGCUGAAGGACAUCAUCGCCCGGGUGGACACAGACGGCGACGGUGCCAUCAGCUUCGAAGAGUUCCUGGCAGCGAUGGUCAAGAGGAUGAAGUCCAUGGGCGGCGAUCAUGACAUGCGGGAGGUCUUCCAAGCCUUCGACCUGGACGGUGACGGCCACAUCACCGUGGACGAGCUCAAGCAGGCCAUGGCCCAGGUCGGGGAGAAGCUCUCCCAGAAGGAGCUGGAGGCCAUGAUCCGGGAGGCGGACGUGGACCAGGACGGGAAGGUGAACUACGAGGAGUUCGCUCGCAUGCUCUCCCAGAAGUGA